AUGUCUGAUGACUCAGAAGUCCCCCCUGAUGCCGAGGAGUGUCGUAUUGGAAAUUACAUCUUGCUAGACAUCCUUGGCCGGGACUCCACAUGCAUCAUCCUGGAGUACGCUGCUGGAGGUCACCUCCAAGAUUACAUCACAAAGAGCGGCCACAUCCCGGAGGCAGAAGCCCGGACCAUGUUUCGACAGCUGGUGUCCGCAGUCCAUUAUUGCCACCAGCAGGGCAUCGUCCACAGGGACAUAAAACCGGAAAACAUCCUCCUGGAUGCGAACAAAAAUAUAAAAAUCACUGACUUUGGGCUAAGUGUAGCAUUCGAUGAAGAAAAAAUCAACACCUUCCAUGGCACCAUGGCCUAUAUGCCCCCAGAGGCUGUGACAUUCACACCUUAUUAUGGCCCGACUGUGGAUACGUGGAGCUUGGGGGUAACACUGUAUGUCAUGGUUACUGGAGAAAUGCCGUUUAAGGGACGUUCAUAUUUUGAAAUGCAACAACUAAUAACUAAUGGAAAAUUUACUGAACCAUCGUAUAUAAGUGAAGAAUGUCUCACACUUUUACAUAAACUGUUAACGGUAAACAGCGAUGAAAGACCAACGCUAGAAGAGAUUAUGAAAGACCCAUGGGUCAAUAAGGACCAAGAUGAGGAACUGAGGCCAUACAUCGAGCCAGCCUGGGGUGACCUGGACCCCCAGGUAACAGAAGACAUGGAAAAGCUUGGUUUUGACACACAGGAGAUCCAGGAAUCUGUCAACAACAAAAAAUUAAAUGAUAUUAUGGGGACAUACAUGCUACUAGUUGAGAACAAGAAAAAAAUGAAGGGCCGCAAGAUCAGGGUGAGACCCUGCCCCUCCUCUGACUUGAACUGCAGUGCUACCUCAAGCCACGAAGUUCUGCCAUCUGGGCAUAACAAUCAAGACCCUGCCUGCCUCCUAGCAAGCCUGACAGCAAAGCCGCCCCCCCUCCCACACAGUGCGGAAGCAAAGAACAACACGCCCCCACUUAGCCCAGAGUCCAGCACGGCCGCUCCCUGCCCACCCGUCCAGCAUGGCCCUGGGGACGCGCACACCAACCCCAGCAGCGGUAACCCCAGCAGCAGCGUUGCAGCUGGAAAAGAAGCAACUGAUAACAAUUCCCUCCAAGCUGGGCACCUUCAUGAUGGGGUCCCAGCCUCUUCCCCUGGCCACAGCCUCGGGUGGCAGGGGUUGGCUAGGAGGGUCAUCCAGUUUUUUUUGAAAUGUAGUUGCAUAAGACCAUCCAAAAAGAAAGACCUCAAAACAAACAAAGUAAAACCAGUCUAA